AGACGAUGAAAAACAUGGACUCAAAAACGUUGGUGCAAUCUAUGAAGCUGCUACCCCUUCUUUGCCCGAGCUAAAAGAAAUCUGCUGGAAGUGGCUUAUAUCGUCCCCGAAUGCGUCUUCGCGCAUUACAAGUGAUCUCUCCGACACCUCAUGUUCUACAAAUGAAGAGCUCCUCUUCGGGUCUCCUGUUUUUCCUCGGGGGAGUGGUCGUGUUUCUUUUCUUGGUGAUUGUCCUGCUGAUCUUAUGGAAAACAAAGAUACCCAAGGAGCUGGGGAACUUGGUCGUGCGAAGUAGAAGACGAAAAGCCUCGAAAGACUUAUUCAGUGGAAAUCUUCGAACCAUCAGCUAUUUUGACUUCCACACCCUGAAGAAGGCAACUAAGAACUUCCAUCCUGCAAACCUACUCGGAGCUGGCGGAUUCGGUCCAGUCUACAGGGGAAAGUUACAAGAUGGGACAUUUGUUGCCGUGAAGAAGCUAUCACUUGAGAAAUCCCAGCAAGGAGAAUCAGAAUUUCUUGCCGAGGUUAGGAUGAUAACGAGUAUCCAACACAAGAAUCUAGUCCGCCUUCUUGGUUGUUGCUCAGAUGGGCCACAACGACUCCUGGUAUAUGAGUACAUGAAGAAUAAGAGCUUGGACCUCAUUGUUUAUGGGAAAAGUGACCAAUACCUCAACUGGAAUAUAAGGUUUCAGAUUAUUGUUGGAAUUGCACGAGGAUUGCAGUACUUGCAUGAAGAUUCACACCUGAGAAUUGUUCAUAGAGAUAUCAAAGCAAGCAACAUUCUUCUUGAUGAGAAAUUCCAACCUCGGAUUGGCGAUUUUGGGCUGGCAAGGUUCUUUCCUGAAGAUCAAGCAUACCUUAGCACUACAUUUGCUGGAACAUUAGGAUAUACUGCACCUGAAUAUGCUAUUAGAGGGGAGUUAUCUGAAAAGGCCGACAUUUACAGUUUUGGGGUUCUCGUGCUCGAGAUCAUCAGUUGCAGGAAAAAUACCGAUCUAACUUUACCAUCAGAAAUGCAGUACCUUCCUGAAUAUGCGUGGAAGCUAUAUGAGAGAUCAAGGAUAAUCGAGCUGGUAGACCCAAGAAUGCGAGAAGACGGAUUCAUAGAGAAGGAUGUCUUGCAAGCGAUUCACAUCGCCUUCUUGUGUCUUCAACCUCAUGCUAAUCUAAGGCCUCCAAUGUCGGAGAUAGUGGCCAUGUUAACAUGCAAGGUCGAGAUGGUCGAAAGACCCAUGAGACCUGCUUUCUUGGAUCGUAGGCCUAAGAAGGACAACCUUUCCUGGGAUACCAUCUCCGAGGCUUUCCCGUCUACGCUCCGAAGCGAUUCACCUUCUUUGACUCGGCCAACUAAAUAAAGCAUUGUCCUUCUUCAUUGUAGAAGGGAGACGGUGGGAGUUUCGCACAAGCAACAAUUGGAGAUUGACUAAGUAAAAACUAAAACGAUUUGAGGAAAAGGUAUAGCUGAUGCGUUAGAUUUUAGCUAUAUACGGCUUGUAAAAGCCCUGUUUUUUCUCCCUGGAGGCCGGCAAAAAUUACAAAUUCUUUGCUUUGU